UUAAAUGAAUAAUGAAUAUAAAUUAAUGAAUAAAAGAAUGUAAUUAGUUACACUUCAGAUGUGGUUAAAAUAUCAACAAGUUAAUGCUAAGAUGGCUUCUUUUGCUCCCAAAGAAAUUAUAGCAACAAAAGAAGAUACUCCAAAGUAUCAGUUAAAAAGGUUUGAACCAACUCUUCGCAAAGCCUUGUCUGUGGUAGUACCAUUAAAUUUAAAUCGUUUAAAAAAGCACAAACAGAACAUUGAAAAGCUGGUUCACGAUAAAAAUUGGCAAGAAUUGAACAAAGAACAAAUAAAUGCCACAUUAACAGUGCAACAACUUCAGGCAACAAUACGUGAUAUGGAAAAUAUUAAAGAUCAAAUUGUAUAUGCAGAUCUUGAAGAGUUUCAGAAACGAGUUGCGCCUAUGCAAAAUGAAACUGCUAAUGCUAUAAAGGAGUUUGCAAAUGUUCAGAAUCUUUUAAUCAAUGAAGUUGAGAAGUCUAUUAUGCAGAAUAAAGGAUCAGAUAUUCAAGUGGAUAAAUAUAAAAGUUCUCUACUUCAUGAAAUCCCUCUUGUUGAAAACGACUUAUCUAAUGAAUUACUUGCUGAUCACGCAAAGGAUCUAUAUUUACAAGGUUCUCAACAGAUGCAAAUUAUUAGCAAUGAUCAGCAGAUUCAAGAAAUAAAUGCAUGUCAAUCAUGGGAUGAAUUAAGGGAGAGCUUAGUUGACUUGCACUCACUUGUACAAGAUUUUGCAACAAUGGUUCAUAGUCAACAAGAUUCUGUAGACAGAAUUGAAGAUAACAUUGAACGUGCGUCCGUAAAUGUUCAUUCUGCUGCAACAUUCCUUGCACAAGCGAGUAAGUAUAAAGCUGUAGCUAUACCGGUUGCUGGCGCGGUCAUUGGGGGUAUAAUUGGCGGUCCAAUCGGACUAUUGGCAGGAUUUAAACUUGCAGGAGUGGCGACAGCCGUUGGCGGUGGUUUGGCAGGCUAUCAAGGCGGUAAAUACUUGAAAAAAAAACAUGACCAACGUGUUGAACUUGAAUUGGAUAAUCUUAGCAAAAGAAAAAGCGAUUCAAUGAAAUCACUAAACUCAUCGAAACAUGAAAACUGAUCAUGCAAAUAUAAUGAGAUUUAUAUAUAUAUAUACUAUAUUGUAUUUUUUGUUUUGUUUUUUAUAUAUUUUCUCUUUUGAUAUAAACAAAAUAAUUUCAUUAAAUUUCUAAAAUUUUGAAUUAAUUAAAGAUUUGUAAAUUCAAGUUUCAAUAUGGAUACUAUGGUUACUAUAUUAUAGUUGAAUUUUCCGAUUUAUUUUCCGAUGUAAAAUUAAAAUAUAAAAAUAAAUCACAUGGAAGUGUAUGACCUGAUGUAUGAUUUAAUAAUUUGACUGAAUGUUUGCUCAGUUAACUGAAUGUGUGUUCAGGUGGCUGGAUAUAUGCUCAGUUGACUGGAUGUAUGCUUAGUUCAUUUAUGGAGAGAAGAAUUUUUAUUUCGCAA